UGCAAUAUAUACGUUAUAUUGUCUCUCUCUCUCUCUCUCUUUUUUUUUUUUGGGUCUAUGCAAAUUAUAAUUUUUUCAGAUAGUUGCAUAAGCAAAUUCAGUAAUGACAUGUUUGAUUGCUAAUACAAUUGCUUUAUGUUCAAAUUUAUUAUUUUUCCUUUUCUUAUCUCCUGGAAUAUCCCUUAUAUUUUUAAUUUUUGUGAAUUAAUUUUUCUAACAGAUAUUAGAGUAACAGCUUGUUACUUUAUUAUUAUUUUUCUUUUUGGAUUUUCAAAGUAUGAAAAAAGAAGAAAACAAUGUUAUGAUCAAGGAGAAGCAAAUUGAAAAAUCUCAAUCUUUAAUUUCUUCAACACGAAGCUCAAGUGAAGGGACAGCAGACCAUAGUUGCAAAACUGAAGAAAGAAAAAGUAAUGGUCAAAUGAAAAAGAAGUAAAGCAAAAAGUCUCAUUCAUUCAAUUCUUCAAGGGGAAGCUGGAAUGAGAGGCUAGCUAGAAGAGCCUCAAUUUACAGGCCUCGAAAGAGUGAUGUGGAAAGUAGCUCGAGUUACAGCAUGCCUAAAAGGGGUGAAGCUGAAAGUACGCAGUUGUAAAGAAUGAAGUGAAACCAGAUGGCAGCAAUCCUAAUGUUUCUAUUUCUCCAGUUCGUUCGAAUAGGUGCAGUAGCUCUGAUGACAAUCCAAGUUCUAUAAGAAAAAAAUACUGUCACUCGUAUAACUACAAAAUCAUCCAAAAUUUCCAGCAACAGUAACGUUCCUAUGUUAGGGAAAGUAAGUAAAGAUUCCACCAGUGAAAGGGUAACAUUGAGUUCAACAAACGACAUAAUGUCAACAGAUACUAGUAUAUCAUGGGAUUUCUUUCCUCCAAACUUGGUGAAAUUAGGCCAGAAGGUGUUAAGGCAGGGAGAAAUUAAUUUGCUUGCUGCUGUGGAGGCUUUACAAGAGGCUAAUACUGAUAUAAUUGCUCCUCAUUCUGUUAGAGAAGAAACAAAACUUGCAUUUGACAGAGAGCUAAAUGCAAUUACAUGGAUGAAAGCAGCUUUGGAUUCUGAUCUUAACUCAGUUUCUGAUCAUAUCAAAGCCACUAGUAUUUCCAUGGAAAGUGGUAUUAUCAGAGAACACCGAGAAGUGCUUUGGCUGUAUUAUCAGAAAUUGCAAAUGCCUUGAAUAAAGAGUGUAGAAUAUGGUUUUUUGAGGAUUA